CAAGCGGAUAAAUAAAACCUCGGGAAACACAAACAAAAUUAAAAAAGAAUUGGAAAUCAAAUCAAACAUCAUCAUCCUCUUUUAAUCCACCUUCUAACAAACACAUUCAUGUCCUACUCUCUUUAUUACAUAUAAAUACCUAACUCUUCCCAAUUUUCAAUUCAAUUCAAAUCAAUUCAGUUCAAUUCAAUUCAAAUCUAAGCAAUGGACGGCGUAGAAGGAGUGGAUCACUUAGCUGACGAGAGAAUCAAAGCUCAGUUCGAUGUCGACGAGAUGAAGAUCGUUUGGGCUGGUUCCCGCCACGAUUUCAACGUCACCGAUCGCGUUGCUCGUCUUAUCGCCAGCGAUCCUGUUUUUGAGAAGGAUAGCAGAGUGAUGCUUAGUAGAAAAGAUUUGUUUAAAAAUACUCUACGCAAAGCUGCUUAUGCUUGGAAACGUGUUCUAGAGCUUCGUCUUACUGAAGAAGAGGUAAAGAAGUUGAGGAUUUUAAUCGAUGAGCCUAAUUAUACGGAUCUUCAUUGGGGAAUGUUUAUUCCAGCAAUUAAAGGACAAGGUACUGAAGAGCAGCAGAAGAAGUGGCUGACUUUGGCUUAUAAGAUGAAAAUUAUUGGCUGUUAUGCUCAAACUGAACUUGGCCAUGGAUCCAAUGUCCAAGGACUUGAAACCACUGCAACUUUUGAUCAUCAGACGGAUGAAUUCGUCCUUCAUAGUCCUACACUUACUUCAAGCAAAUGGUGGCCUGGUGGAUUGGGUAAAGUUUCCACACAUUCUGUUGUUUACGCGCGUCUAAUAAUUGAUGGUCAGGAACAUGGAGUACAUGGCUUCAUUGUUCAGCUUCGGAGUUUGGAUGACCACAUGCCUCUUCCAGGCAUAACUGUUGGUGAUAUUGGAAUGAAAUUUGGCAGCGGAGCAUAUAAUUCAAUGGACAAUGGUGUUUUAAGAUUCGAUCAUGUGCGCAUCCCAAGGGACCAAAUGCUGAUGCGGGUUACACAGGUUACAAGGGAAGGGAAAAUUGUGCCAUCCAAUGUCCCAAGACAGUUAAUUUAUGGCACCAUGGUGUUUGUGCGGCAGACAAUUGUAGCUGAUGCUUCCAUUGCUUUAUCACGGGCAGUCUGUAUUGCAACGAGGUAUAGUGCUGUCCGAAGACAAUUUGGUUCAAAUGGUGGUGGUCUUGAAACCCAGGUGAUUGAUUACAAAACUCAGCAAAGUAGGCUCUUCCCUCUGCUGGCAUCUGCAUAUGCUUUCAGAUUUGUUGGUGAAUGGUUGAAUUGGCUCUAUCUAGAUGUGACCCAGAGGCUGCAGGCCAAUGAUUUCUCAACCUUGCCUGAGGCUCAUGCAUGUACUGCUGGUUUGAAGUCCUUGACUACUUCUUUCACUGCUGAUGCCAUCGAAGAAUGUAGGAAACUUUGUGGUGGUCAUGGUUAUCUUAGUGCCAGCGGCCUUCCAGAGCUGUUUGCAGUUUAUGUUCCUGCCUGUACAUAUGAAGGAGACAAUGUUGUGCUUCUUUUACAGGUCGCAAGGUUCCUCAUGAAGACUGUUUCUCAGCUGGGUUCUGGAAAGAAGCCUGUUGGAACAACAGCUUAUAUGGCUCGAGCAGAGCAUCUCUUACAGUGUCAAUGUGCUGCUCAAAAUGCUGAGGAUUGGCUAAAGCCUGAUAUUAUUUUGGAGGCAUUUGAAGCUAGGGCUGCUAGAAUGUGUGUUGCUCGCGCUCAAAAACUUAGUCACUAUCCAAAUCCUGAAGAGGGAUUUGCAGAACUCUCAGCUGAUCUAGUUGAGGCUGCAGUUGCUCAUUGCCAAUUGAUUGUUGUUUCCAAAUUCAUUGAAAAAUUGAAACAAGAUAUAUCAGGGAAAGGUGUAAAACAACAGUUGCAGAUUCUUUGCAAUGUUUAUGCUCUCAACCUUCUUCACAAACAUGAGGGUGAUUUUCUUUCCACCAGAUGCAUUACACCGAAACAAGCUUCACUUGCAAAUGAUCAACUGAGGUCUUUAUAUUCGCUGGUCCGUCCCAAUGCCAUUGCGCUCGUUGAUGCAUUUAACUACACCGAUCACUACCUUGGGUCGGUUCUUGGUCGCUACGACGGAAAUGUGUAUCCGAAACUAUAUGAAGGAGCAUGGAAGGAUCCUCUGAAUGAUUCAGUAGUUCCUGAUGGCUAUCAAGAAUACAUUCGUCCAUUGCUGAAGCAACAGCUUCGUAACGCAAGACUCUGAGGUCUGUGCUGUUCAAUCAAUGUGCUAUAGUGUUGUGGGUAAUAAUGCCAAUAAAAAGUUUGCCUUCAAGUUUCACCUCAAAGGUGAAAACUUUUUCAAUAAUAGGUUAGUGAUGAACUCUGUUUGGAUAUUCAUUUUUCUGACACAUCCAAAUUAUAUAUGCAUCAGAAAAGUGGUAUACUAGCAUAUGUGUAUUUAAACUAUUCCUGUCAUUGUUGGGUUAUUAUAUUUAUUCAAAUAAAAUAGUUUAUGCACUUAA